AUGAAACCGACUGACACCGCCACGGCUCGUUUUUACGGUCUACCGAAGGUACACAAGGCAAAUGUCCCACUCAGGCCAAUCGUAUCCCUUCGUGGCACUCCGACGUACGGUUUGGCAAAAUGGAUGUUCGGUCGUCUUAAGUUUUUGGCCGAAGGCUCACCAACAACAGUUGCAUCUGCGUAUCAAUUCCUCGAACGCAUAAAACAUCUGAGGUUAGAGCCAGACGAGUCCAUGGUAUCCUUUGAUGUCGUUUCGCUCUUCACCUCCAUCCCACAGCAACUAGCGAUAGAUGUUGUGGACCAACUACUGGCAGAGCGUUAUGAGGAGAGAGAUAGACCUCUGAAGUCUGAGCAUCUGCUCGAGCUUCUGAGAUAUUGUCUCAAGACCUAUUUCACUUUCGACGGACAAAUGUACGAACAAAUAAAGGGCACUCCUAUGGGCUCCCCUAUAUCAGGCCUAAUUGCUGAAGUAGUCCUUCAACGGGUAGAACACUUGGUGUUCACCAAAUAUCAAUCAAAGUUCUGGGCCCGCUAUGUCGAUGACACCUUCGUCGUUGUCAAAACAACUGACAUAGAACACCUAAAGGGACUACUGAACUCGGUUGACCCGGAUAUACAAUUUACGAUGGAAGCGGAAACAAACAACCAACUGCCCUUCCUUGACGUACUUGUGCGCCGGUGUACCAUUGGACAGCUGCAAACUACAGUAUUCCGAAAAUCCACCGACACGAGACAGAUCGUACACUUCAACAGCAACCAUCCACUGCCUCACAAACGUAGUUGUGUCCGCACUCUAUUCCAAAGAGUCGAAACACACUGCAGCACACCAGAAGAUAAAAGGGCCGAACGAUUGUACCUUGUGGACCUAUUUGCAGCCAAUGGUUAUCCCAGGCAUUUCAUCGAGAGAAGCAGACGUUGGGCGCCCAGACAACGGCCAAAUGAGCAGCAACCCGAAGUCUGGAGGGCCAUUCCUUACGUUAAAGGGGUCUCUGAAGCGGUCUCGCGACUGUUAAAACCCACCAGAGUAGGCAUAGCCCAUCGACCACAAGCAACAAUUCGACGUCGCCUGAUGCAACCUAAAGACCCAUUGCCACCCGCUGAAACCUCAGCAGUCAUCUACAAAAUAAAUUGCAAUGAGGGCGACUGCAACUAUGUGGGCGAAACUGUGCGGAAAUUGCAAACUCACCUACAAGAACACAAAUCGGCCACUCGGAGGUUAGACCCUAACUCUCAACUAGCAACACACGUUGGGGAAACGGGGCAUACUUUUGACCUCCAGAGGGCUACCAUCUUAGGCCGAGGCAACACAAAAACAGAACGACUAACUCUCGAGGCGUGGUUCUCCGAUGCCCACUCUAUCAACAGGCAUCUGGACCUUCCUGCAGCUUACAAAGUCCUACGUCAUCACAACCGUAGAGCUCAGGACCAAACAACCACACCGGACUUAAGAAGACAGCACGGAGAUAGCCCGACGCUGAGCUUACUCGGUGAGGAAGAACAAGAACCGCCAGACCGACCGCCCGACUAA